UGGUCGCCAAACCGAACCCACUGUACUGCAUGGCGCUCGCUCGUUUGAUCACCGAUUAACUGUAUGUGUGGUGUGCAGUCUACUUUGCGACGCAGAAGUUGAUGCAUUUCUUCUCUCGCGCUGCUGUUGCAACACUGCUCCGAAACGUUGGACUUGGUGGUAUGUUUUGCUGGUUUAAAAAUAUUGCAUUUCUUAUUCUCAACAUAAGAUAAAUGGAGUCUACCAAUGAUAGUGGCCUAUAUUUCACCUUGCGAAAAAUUCUCUUCGCGAAAGAGUGAGGUGAUUUUUUUUCUCCCAGGCCGUGGCGAAGUACUUACCUGUAAUCUGUAGGAACACAUGAAGCAAACUUUCCGCACCCUUUGGAAGAGGGAGGUUCUCCACUCUGUAGCCCGCUAGCGCUAGGGAUAACGAGUCUCUUAAACUGGGGACGGUCGCUUCUUUAUACUCAACUUUAAAAGAAGGUUGCUUUUGCUUCCUACUUCUUACAAGAAAAUAGGGGUAACGUGAAUUUGUGCAGCACCAUGGCAAGUACAAGUAAUCAAGAUCUUAAUUCUAAUAUGAAGAGGACGAAUUAUCAAGAUGAUUGGAGUGGAGAUGAAAAUGAAAAACCAAAACCCAAGGAUGAGGAAGUCAAACACACAGCCAAAUCACUAUUUAAGGAGAAUCUUCUAAGUACAAUCACAUACUGCAGUGUUUUCGGAAGUUUUGGAAUGUGUGUUUCCCUCCUCGGUCCAACACUUGAAGAUUUAGGAUGUCAAACUGGAAGUACUGUGAUUGAAAUGAGUUGGGCUUUUCUUGCACAAGCUCUUAGCAUCCUUAUUGGAUCAAUGGCAGGUGGAUUUCUUGUAGACAGGUAUGGUGGGGAUCCUCUACUCCUCAUUUCAAACACCAUGAUUGGUAUCACCCUGAGUCUCAUACCUCUCUGUCAGAAUCUACCUGUCCUUCUUGUUGAUCUAGCUAUCAUGGGAUUCUUCAUGGGUAUCAUUGACACCACAGCCAAUGUCUCACUGCUCAAGAUCUACGGCAAACUGGUCUCGCCGUUUCUGCAGGCUCUUCAUUUCUGUUAUGGUCUGGGGGCAGUUAUCAGCCCCCUUCUGGCAGAACCUUUCCUACUCAACACUGAUUGCACUCCAUUGGUUUCCAAUGGGUCAUCUAGCUCCAGCGAUGAGCUUCCAAUAUUUGUUAGAAGCAGUGACGAUGCGGGCUUGAACGAUGUCUCAGGGACAAUGAGUAGCUUAGAAGAUGUCCAGUCAAAAACCAAUGUGAAAUAUGCCUUCUGGAUCAUGGCUGCUUUCCAGAUUCCCAUUGUAAGUCUUGUUCUUGCCCUGAACGUCCGUCGAUACUGCUGCGCUCUAGCCCCAGACCAGAGUUUUAUCACCGUCUUAAAUCGCUCAAACUAUGUAGAUCUUGAUGCAGACCAAGACAUUGCCAAGCCAGAGAGCCCAAAGAAAACUCAAGGAAGAUGUUUACAGAAUGACAGAUCAAAAAUAGUGGUUAUCACAAUUAUAACAGCCUUCCUCCUCUUCAUAUAUGACGGAUUACAGGCCGCUUAUGGAGGGUUUAUCUUUGAGUAUGCUGUCAAGAAUGUUGCUAUCGAGCUCUCUGCGACUGAUGGAGCAUACCUGACUUCAGUCUACUGGGGAAGCUUUGCACUUGGAAGAUUAAUAUCCAUCCCGAUAUCUACUUUCUGCUCACUCUCUCUCAUGCUUCUUGUCAAUCUGGUGAGUAUUUCAUUCACAGUUUAGAGGAAGCAUUUCAUGAAAUGAAUAGUCAUAAUAUCCACUAUGUGGAGCGUUGUGGCCCAGUGGAUUA